AUUUGAUUUGCUCUGUUCUAACUUCGAAGCUUGUUUGUUUUCGAACUCAACUGCUGAGGCCUUAAUGUACACAAUGUGCUUUGCCGUUGCUGCCACUUCAGUGAAAUUGGAAAAUAGAAUGUCGUCCAAUAUAAGAAACCUAUGAAAGCAGGCAACAGAUUGUACCUCCAACUUCAGGUGUCUUCCCUGCCUUUGCUACCUCCAACUUCAGCAGCUCAAUCUUAAGAAGGAGAAAAUGGAAAUCUUCAACAGAGCAAUUAAGAACAGAAAAAAACAGCCAGUAAUUUGUUGUAGUAGACCAGAAACAAGAAGUUAUACGCGAAGAUUUCUAAAUUUGAUUGGUCGAAAAUAGAAAAAAAAGCCUUGCCAAGAACCAUAAAAUCUAUCAGUAUUCUUUCAGGAAAAAAAAAUAAUCACAGAGCCAAUCAAGAACGCAGAGCAGUUUUCUUUGGAGAUUGGUAGGAAAGUCUUCUGCCUAGAGAAAGCAAGAAAGACAAGAGUGCUUGAGACAGCCAUGGCCGUCAACAAGACCCUGCUGAAUCAGGCAACAAUGGUGCUUCGAGUUAUGCCAAGAGUUGAUGAAGACAGUGUUGACACGUGGUUAGUCUGCCAUGAAGAAAACAACAUGAUGGAAUCAACAUGCUGUCAGAUAAAGAAGAUGCCAUAUGUUAAAGAAGAUGCUGCCAGAUAAAAGGAGAAGACAUCAUCAUGAAGACUGCUGUAAUAUUAUUUCUUUUUUGUAAACUAUUCCAUUGUACAGCUAUUACUUUAAUAGCUAUUUAUGUAACACGUGAAAAGGAAUGAAGAGAACUGAAACCAUUCUCUGGUUUUCACAUGGUAUCAGAGCUUCAAGAUCUCUGUGAAUUUUUUUUUCUUUCUCUAAACUGCUGACAGUUUCAGCAGCUCUACCCUUCAAAUCGAUAUUUGUUCCCCAGAACUCUCAGACUCAUCGCCACCUCACUAUCUUGACGAAGUCUGAAAAAUAGAAAAAAGAAGCCCAUGGGUGAUUCUGAAAAAAAGGCCAGCUCUGGAUCGACUUCCAGUUCUGUCACCCAAAAUGACAUGACAUUGCAGAUCACGCCGGAUAAAUUGGAUGGUUCCAAUUACUCUUCUUGGUCCCGUAGUGUCAAACUUUAUAUUCUUGGAAGAGGAAAAUGGGGAUAUAUCACUGGCACAAAGGCGACACCAACAGAAGCAGAUGUUUUGUAUUCCACCUGGGAAGAAGAAAAUGCCAUGGUUCAGUGCUGGCUUCUCAAUUCCAUGACCAGAAAUUUAAGGGCUAUUUUUCUUAGCCUUUCUACUGCGAAAGAAGUGUGGGAUGCUGUUACUCAGACCUAUUCUAUUGGUAAAGACGCAUCAAAAUUAUAUGAGCUUCGGUGUAAGGCACUCGCAACUCGUCAGAAUGGUACGUCUUUAUCUGAUUAUUAUGGUACAUUACAGUUAAUUUGGCAAGAAAUCGAUGUCUUGCGACCAAGCAAAAUGAAGUGUUCAGAUGAUGUUGCUGCCCGCACAACGGAAAUUUCGAACGAACGAUUAUAUGACUUCUUGGCUGGACUUGACCAUCAUUUGGAUAGAAUUCGAGGUCAAGUUCUAGCCGAAGAUCCUCUCCCGAGUGUGCAAGCCGCAUAUGCACAGGUGUGCUCUGAAGCUAAUAGGCAAGCAACCAUGUUAGCUGGCUCACAUGUUGACGGGUCAGCUAUGACAACCACUUUACAUCGCCCUGUACCUAGAAGUGGUCAUCCAAAGCCGGGACAAAAGGAGCUUGACACACGCCAAUGUACCCACUGUGGGAAGAAAAAACACACUCGGGAAACUUGUUUCGAAUUGGUUGGAUAUCCAGAUUGGUGGGUGGACAAACAAGAAAAGGGAAAAGAGAAGAAAAAAAGUGUUGCAAAUUUGGCUUCACAACCUUUACCUCAUGGUUCUUCACCACAUAUGGAUCAGUCUGCUCUCAGAGUUUUCCCCAACACUACUUCCACUUCCUCACCAUAUCCAGGAUCUUCAGACAAAGGAGCAGAUUGGUCAUGGUAAGGAAAGCGGAGGAUUGUACUACUUGGACUCAAAACUGCCU